CUGAAAAAGAUCGCCAAAGGGCAAAGAUCGCAAAAAGGGCGGUGGUAGCGAAGCGGCAUGGCCAUCGGGUUCGCGAUCGAGUGCGUCGUCUUGGCCGGCGGGACGUACGCCCUUCUUGGCCACUACAAGGACGCGCAGGUCGGGGCGGUCGUCACGGGCACGGUCUUCUUUAGCUGGUACGUGGGCUUUCUCGGUCUUGUGCUGCUGCCAUGGGACUUGACGACCACGGCGCGUGGCGACGCCGACGCGUAUCCGACAUUGCUUUGCGCGUGGCAAUUCGUGUACUGGUCUACGUUUGUGCUCAGCUGGGUCGUGCUGCCCGUCUUGAUCGAGUACAACCAAAGCGGUGCGUUCACCACCGAGCAGCGCUUGCGCUACUCGAUCAAGUACCUUCUUCGGCACUACGCAGUGCUGCUCGUGCUCGGCUUUCUCCUCUUCUUGUACCUCGUGGUGGUCGACCAUUUCUCGAUUGGCGGCGUCCUCGGUCUCGUCAUGACGCUCGGCAACACGUACGGCCUCCUCUGGAUCAUCUGCCUCCUCGGGUACGGCCUCGUCAAUAUUCCGCGCAAGGUCUACGCGUACAGCGACCCGCAGCUGCGCUUGCGCCAGCUCUACUUUCGGGCGACGUACGUCCACGACGAGCGCGUCGAAGCGCAGUUUGUCUUGGACGACGUCGUGCGCGAGGUGCGCCAGCUCGCGACGCGCUUCAAGACGAUCGAAGCCGCCACAAUCGUCGUAUCGCCCGAGUUUCAAUACAUCAAGCAGUGCAUCGACCACCUCAUGGGGACCGUCGGUCUCGACAGCGACGUCGAGGCGGCGAAACCACUAAAGCGGCAGACCCGGUCGAGCUACCGGUCGCUGGCCGGGCCUGUCCUUGACGACUCGCUCCCGACCGAGAAGGAGAUCAUCCAUUUGCAUGGGCGCGCCAAGCGCGUGCAGGCCGACCACCGGCGCUGCGACCAGACGUGGAUCGAUCUAUGCUACGAUUGCCAGCAGCUCCAGCUCGCGUCGCGGUCGCCCACUCCGGUGGUGUCGAUGUUGGCCAAGGCGCUCACGUGCGUCUGUGUCCUUGGGUCCGGAAUUGUCAUGUGGAGCGAAGUCGUCAUGGGCGCGCCCGAGUGGCUCUCGCCGCUCCGCCACCUGCUCGGGUCGACGGCCUCGACGCACAUCAUUGUCAUUGGCCUCCUCCUCUACAUGGCGCUCUGCACCUACAUGAGUCUCUUCUCGAUGCGGGGGUCUGGCCGGCUCGCGCUGCACGGCAACCACAACUCGACCGAGCUCAGUUUGCUCACCACGUCGGUGCACCAGAGCCGCCUCCAGUUUUCGCUCGGCUACAACUUCCUCCUGCUUCUGAACGCGUCGACGCUCACGUCGCGCACAGCGUUCCACGCGCUCUUCACCGACAUGCGAUUGAUUCACUUUUUCGGCACCGACUUUAGCAUGUACGCGCCGACGCUCUUGCUCGUGCUCGCGACGUGCACGCUCCUUAACGGGUACGCGCGCCUCGUCCGGUACCUCGGCUUGGACCAGUACGAAGAGCUCUUGGAUGGCCACGUCGAGCACGAUGCCAAGGUGCACCAAGGCGACGCGCUCGUCCAGCGCGGCAUUGAAAAGUACGCUCGGCAGUGGGCGGCCAAGGCUGCGAUGACUGGCUCGGAGCUCGCGGCGCCGCUUCUCGCCGCGAACGAGUGAGCGCAAUGCGGCGUGGACCGUAAUUGACACAAAAACACCGUCAAAAUGAUCACUUUUAGGCAAAAUGGCCUCACU